CAAAAUCGAAGACUCCUUAUCCAAUCGGACAGUAGUUUAUUCUAUUACUUUCAGUUUCGUGAACUUUUACGGACUUCCUAUCACAGUUACACCAAGCUGGUUAUCUUUGCAUCAUGCAGUCUGCCAUGGUAGCAACUCCAAACUCUUCUGAUUCCAUAUUUUUCAUCCAACCAUCAUUGCCACUUGAUGAAGCGCCGGUUUACCUAAAAAGAAUUACGAAUCAGCAAUAAUGUUAUUAUUCACCAUUGCUAUCAUGUAUGUUGCCGGCCAGAUAACCAUUAUGUCAAGAUUCCCCUAUCAUUUCUUGACAGGAUAAGACCAUACCCAGAAGUUAGGCCAAUUGACCUAUGAUAUUGAAUGUCUCGAUCUACAAUGCAUCUAAGCUGCACCAGCACAGAAAACCAUAUAAGGUGAUGGCGGCAUCUAUGAAAUACACAGUUCCUACUCCCUCAUUUUCGUUGUUCAGUUCUAUUUCUCAUGAUGUUUGCCCAUAUUAUUACCCUCGCCGCACUUUAUACGGGUGUACUCGCGCAUGGCGAGCAUGAAGGUCAAAUUCCAAUUGCUGGACCACACAAAUCAUUGUGGUAUAACACUUUACCUGGAGAUGGUGGUACUCAAGUAUGUUCAUUCAUGGAAGAGUAGUUUAGGAAGCCAACUGAAAAUAAUCAGGCUGAUUCCGUGUUCUCGGGCAUCUCGACGUUUGGUAGAUUACCAUAUUCUCCAUGCUUAGCAACAGACGACGUGAAAUAUGACAUUGCAUUCAUCGGUAUGUCGUCAUGUUACUUGUGAUCCUUCAGUUUCUGGUAAAGGAAAUGUGAAUUGAUCUUUUUCAGGGGCCCCAUUCGACACCGGAACUUCAUAUAGACCAGGAGCUCGAUUUGGGCCUUCUGGAAUUAGACAGGGCUCAAGACGUCUCAAUCUCUAGUACGUUUUCAUCUUCUACAAUUUACCAUAGUACUAUCGAUCCGUAUACAUUAACUCACACGUUUUCUGAAUUUAGUGGAGGAUACAAUGUUCCCCUAGCCACAAAUCCUUUUGAUAGUUGGGCAACAGUGAUCGACUGUGGGGAUAUCCCGGUCACAUCGUAUGUUCACAUGUCCACUUGUCCACAUCAACCAUAUAUAUGGUGCUAAACAACUUUCAUCUUAGCUAUGACAACUCCUGGGCCCUUCAUCAAAUCGAAGAAGGCCACAACUCAAUUCUCUCCCGCGCGCCCGCGACUGACUCUAAAAAGCUCGGACCCGCCAAAAACGGGAAAACCCUUCCUAGGGUCAUCACAUUAGGUGGAGAUCAUACAAUUACUCUCCCGCUACUUCGUUCCAUCAACCGUGCAUAUGGUCCCAUCUCCGUCGUCCACUUUGACUCACAUCUGGAUACUUGGAAACCAAAAGUAUUCGGUGGAAGUCCAUCGAAAGUUGCUUCCAUCAACCAUGGCACUUAUUUCUAUCACGCUGCUCAAGAGGGCUUACUCGCCAACGACACGAAUAUCCAUGCUGGUAUUAGGACUACUUUGAGUGGCCCUAGCGACUAUGAAAAUGAUGGCUACUGCGGAUUUGAAAUUGUGGAAGCGAGAGAAAUCGAUACGAUUGGUAUGGAUGGUAUCAUUAAGAAAAUCCGAGAUCGUGUCGGACUCGAAAAACCAGUUUACUUAUCAAUCGAUAUCGAUACUUUAGAUCCAGCCUGUAAGUCUAUCCUGCACCUUCGUAUCUUUUCCUACAGAACACUAACUCCCGAAAAGUUGCACCCGCAACCGGUACCCCUGAAACAGGCGGCUGGUCUACAAGAGAGCUGAGAACUAUUUUAAGAGGAUUAGAAGGUAUUAACUUAAUCGCAGCGGAUAUUGUCGAGGUGGCUCCUGCGUAUGAUACGAAUGCUGAACAUACUACUAUGGCUGCCGCGGAUGCACUUUAUGAAGUGCUUAGUUUGAUGGUUAAGAAAGGGCCGUUGAGUUUGAUGAUGGAGGGGAAGACGGAGAGCAAAGUGGAAAUUUAGAAGAGAGGGAUUGGGGGAUUUUCGAGAAUGAUCGAUCUAUUGUCAUGGAGGGAGUUUGUUGGUUUGCGGGGAUUUGUGAUAGUGUAGUGUAGCAGAUUGGUGCAGUGUGGCAGAAUAUAAUGAGAUA